ACUCCGAUAAGCAAGCGUCACGCCGCCGAUACCCGCCUCCCGAGACACUCAAGGAGACGCCGUGCCCUGUGUGUGCGUGUACCCGGUGUGUCGACGUAGUGUUCCUCGCUGACCACUACACACGGUAACCACGGACACCCCCCCUGAGGCAGCUACUUCCCUGCUUCGCCGCCACCAGCCGCCCCCAUGGAGCACAGGACCGUCUCGUCCAUCCCAGGCGGCGACAGCUUCCUAGGAGACCAGGGCCCUACUGAGGCUUCCCUGAUUGCUGCUGUGCUGCCUUAUGUAUUGAUGAUCAUUCUUCUACCCAUUGGGGGAUUCUUCUUCACAAAAUCCUUUAUUUUUGAAGACCUGCUGUCCUAUAGUGACACCACAGCCAACGUGUAUGCUGCCAUCACAUCAGUGAUCCUCCUGCAUGCACUGCUGGCUCUCUUCAUCGUCAAAGCAUUCCGGGGAUACCCUGUCAAGGGCUCCAAGCAAGACUAAGUGUUUAAGUUCUCCUCGUUUGCAGGUAACAUGAGUUAAUCUUAAGAAUUUUUGUAUAUUUUUUGUUCCUUUUGACUUGUACAUAUGGGCUAUUAAUUGAUUCUAAAGGUAUGCAAUGCUGCUCUUAUUUAUAUUUUCAAAUAAUUAGAAAAUUUAGGUGAGCUGCAUGUAAAUGAGUUUUUUAAGAUCCAUUGAUAGACAAACCAAUUUCAAUUUCAACUUAAAAAAAGGUUGAAAGUUUCAACAAAGGUAAUUAUCCAAAACGUAAAGAUUUCUUUUGAUUGAUACUGUUCUGCAGUAUAAGCUUACAUGAGAUAACUACUUUCUCAGCAAUAUUGUGGUUUGUAGGUUGUUGCUCUGUUAUUGAUUUUUUUUAGAAGGGAAGGAUGUCGUGCAGUUUGUGUAUCUUAUGUUUUACGGUACAGUGUACCGCCUUCAUUGAACUGUGAUCAAAAUUGCACAAUAAUUUAUGUUUAAUUUCAGUUUUCAUUUCUUAAACAACAGCAUCAAAUGAAUGGCAUAUUUUUUCUCUCAGAAUCUAAGAAUUUAUACUCCAAGUAAUUAAUGCAAUCUAGUUACCUUUUGCCAUGUUAAGAAUGAGUAAGCUUUUGGUAUGUGUUUCAUUUAAAAGCCGUUUUAGGAAAAUUAAUUCUUUUAUAGGUUGAAGGCCUGCUAUCCUCUGAUGCCACUUUCAUUAAACUUUAAGAUGUUGUAUGAUGAAAGACUCUGAAAUUUGUAAUGAGGUUGUGUUAACAUUAUAAUAUAAUCUACUGGGUUCCCAUGUA